GCGGUGGCGGUGGCGGUGGCGGCGGCGGCGGCGGCGUUCGGGCCUAGUCGUAGUUCUCGCUCGGUCGGCGGUUGCGGCAGUGGCGGCGAGCGCCCGGUGGCGGCCGGCGGGGCGCGAAGUUCCGGUAGGUUCCUGGGUGUGAGUAUUUACCUCUCUCGUAGGCUGUGCUUCUCCAGGGCAGGACCCGUGCUGCACACAGUAGGGGUAGGAGCUGAACUCCAAUGUCCAGCAAUGGAUGAGGACAGCCUGGACGAGCUUGUGGACCGAAGCCCGGGGCCCGAUGGCCACCCGAGACUCCGUCCUGCCGCCCUGACCAGCGAUGCUGAAGAAAGCAGCGAUGCCCGCAGUGGGGGCUCUGAGGACGACACAUGCAGUGAGCACAGUGACGGCGAGGACGACGAGGGGGACCUGGAAGACGGAUCUGGUUCCGAGGAUUCCGAAGAAGACGGUGACGACGUGGACACGUUAGCGGCAGCAGCGGCUACUCGGGGGGCGCUGGAAGCCAGCGGUGCAUUUAACUCUGACGAUGAUUCGGAGAGCUGCCCGAUCUGUCUUAAUGCUUUCAGAGACCAGGCUGUGGGGACACCCGAGAACUGUGCCCACUACUUCUGCCUCGACUGCAUCGUGGAGUGGUCCAAGAAUGCCAAUUCCUGUCCAGUUGAUCGAACUAUAUUUAAAUGUAUUUGUAUUCGAGCUCAAUUUGGUGGUAAAAUCUUGAAGAAGAUCCCAGUGGAGAGCGCCAGGCUUGGGGAGGACGAGGAUGAAGACCCGACCUUCUGUGGGGUGUGCGGCAGGAGCGACCGGGAGGACCGCCUGCUGCUCUGCGACGGCUGCGACGCUGGGUACCACAUGGAGUGUUUGGACCCCCCUCUCCAGGAGGUGCCAGUGGACGAGUGGUUCUGUCCAGAAUGUGCUUCCCCCGGGGCCGCCCCUGCUGCUGACGCGGGUCCCGUGGGCGAGGAGGAGGUCUCCCUGCUCUUGGCCGACGUGGUGCCCACCACCAGUCGGCUUCAGCCACACGCGGGGAGGACCCGGGCCAUCGCCAGGACACGGCAGAGCGAGAGGGUCCGCGCGACGGUGAACCGGAACCGGAUCUCCACAGCCAGGAGGAUCCAGCAUGUCCCGAGGUACCUCGUGUCUCCUCUGCUGGACGAGACCAUCGAAGCCGUGGCCGCUGGGCUGAGCACAGCCGUGUACCAGCACUCCGGGCCGCGAGCCCCCGCCCGUCGGAGGAGGAAGGCAGGAAGACGGAAGAAAGUGUCGGGAAGGAAGAAAACCCAGUCCAGAUCAUCUGUGAAGAGCAGGAGCUCGGGGACAAGGUCCAGGAAACGCCAGGGUCGUGUGAAGAAGAGGAAAGAGAAGAAGAUAAAGAAUGAAGCCACGGCUCGUUCCCGCAUCGCGCGGACGCUGGGCCUCCGCAGGCCAGCCCAUGGAGCCUGCAUCCCCUCGGUGUACAAGCCUGCAGACCCCUCUCUGGGGCUGUUGCGUGCAGACAUUGGGGCAGCCUCUCUCUCCCUGUUUGGAGACCCCUAUGAGCUGGACCCCUUCGACAGCAGUGAAGAGGCAUCUGCGAGCCCUGCUUCCCCUCUGAGCGCCAAGAGGAGGAUUCUGUCCCGGUCAGCCCUGCGGUCGCACCAGCCCGUGGCCAGGCCCGUCUCCAUGGGGCUCUCCAGGAGGAGUACUCCCUCCAUGGCACCCCAGCCAGAAGUGGACGCGGACCCCGGCCCUGACCUGCUGGGGAGCAUCCUGUCGGGCCAGAGCUUCCUGAUGAUGAACGGUGCCGACAUCGUCAUCCACCGCGACGGCUCCCUCAGCGCCAAGAGGGCAGCGCCGGUUUCUUUUCCGCGAAACUCAGCUGGUCCGGCCAGAGGGGCAGGAGGCGCCAGGCCUGGGGCCUGCCUGCAGCCCGGAGGGACUUGGCCAGGAAGCGGGCCAGAGAGCUCAGCGCCCAGCCGUCCGGGCAGGGCCGCCCCGGGCACUCCCCCGGCCCCGGCCCCGCCCGCACCCGCCCAGGUCCCUGCGCUCGUGGUGGGGGCAGCUGUGAGGCUGGACUCCUCGGUGACCCCUCAGUCAGGCCAGGCUCAGACCUUGUCCAGCGCGAGCAGACCCAGCUUAAAACAAAGUGACGGCCCCCGAUUUAACGGCGACAGCAAGCACCCUCCGCCUCUUAGGUCUGCGGCAUUGAAGACCUCGAAUGGUAGCUCUAACUCGCCUUCCGAGAGCACGGUGCUGGGACGGGCCCCGAGACCGGCUCCCAGGAGGACGGACAUCUGCGAGCUCCCCAGGAUACCAAAGAUCAGGAGAGACGACCGGCGGGUGGGCGAGGUCCCCGCCGGCGGGCAGAGAGUCGAGAUUCCCAGCUCCUGCAUCAGCCGGCUGACGGGCAGGGAGGGCCCCGGGCAGCCUGGCUGUGGCGCCAGGGCAGAGGGUGAGCCCAGCAGCAGGGGUGCUCAGGAGCCCAGCACGCGCUCGGGGGGCGGCCCCCAGCCCCCUGCCCCGCUGGGCCCCUCCCGGGGGAAGGGUGUCGGCUCCACCUUCGAGAGCUUCAGGAUCAACAUUCCUGGGAACACAGCCCAUUCCGGCAGAGUCCUCAGCCCCGGCUUCUGUAACACGUUCCGGCCCGUGGACAGCAAGGUGCAGAGAAGAGAGAGCCCGGUGCCCCUCUUCUCCGUCAGGAAGACGAAGCAGCUCAAGAGCGAGAUCUAUGACCCCUUCAACCCCACGGGCUCAGACUCCAGCUCGGCCAGCAGCAGCCCCGAGCACCCGGGCUCUGGCCUUCUGCCCUCUGAGAUCACGCGCACCAUCUCCGUCGACAGCCCCAAGGCCCCAGCGCUGCCGCCCGUGCGCUGCGUCACCUCCUACACGGUGCAGACCGGCAUGAGGAAGGAGCCCGAGCCCCCCCAGGGGCCCUGCGGCCUGCCCGAGCUCCAGGGCGAGGAGGGGCUCGCGGCACAGGCACAGAGGCCGUCCCCGCCAGAGCCCUGGGGAGACGAGGACCCACCACCCCGCAGCUCCUUCUUUGGCUCAGAGGGGCGGACGGUGACUUGUGUGACUGCGGUGGAGCCGGAUGCCCCACCCAGUCCGGACGCCCUGCCCGCGACCACCCACAGGGUCGUGGAGCUGCGGUCCCCCACCCGUUCCCGCUCCAGGUCCAGCUCCCGCGGCGGGAAGAAAGCCCAGAGGCCGAGGGUCGGCACCAGGGAGCAUCGGAGGGCCCGCUCAGGGUCCCGCUCCUCACGCUCAGGGGACAGGAGCUCGCGGUCUGCGUCGCCACCGGCAGGCGAGGACCAGGCCAAGAGGCACCGGCCCAAGGCCCGGGAUCGGAGGUCUUCCAGCGACCGCUCCAGCAGCCGCGAGCGCACCAAGCGGAGGAAGGCCAAGGACAAGAGCAGGGAGAGGAGGAGGGGAUCCUGGGGCCGAGGCCGGCGGAGGUCCCGCUCCCGCUCCGGCAGCCCCGGCAGCUCCUCCCACGAGCAUCGCGAGGGCAGGAGGAAGAAGAGGCGGAGGUCGGAGUCCCGGUCUCGGGGGAGGGAGUGCUCGCCCCCCAGCAGCCUGGAGAGAUCCCGGAGGCCCAGGCACCCCCGGGAGAGGAGGGAGUGGCCUGACAGGGAGAGUGCCGCGCGGCUCCGAGACAGGCGAGGCUCCCGGGAGAGGAGGCGGCGUAGGUCCAGGUCACCCAGCCCCGAGCACAGGCCCCGGGAGCACCGGCGGCCUCGGUCCCGCGAGAAGCGCCCACGGCCCCGCCCCCGCUCCCCGGAGAGGAAGUUGGCCCCGAAAGAGGCUUCUCCAGCACCCCUUCCCCAGGGGGAGCCCAGGCUAGACAGGGAGCCCCUGGCCUUGGCAGGAACAGAUGCCUUGCUGGAGGGGCCCGAGGCUGACAAGCCCCCCACAAAGGUCCCCCCAGUCUUGGAGGUGCCAGCCGAGUACCCCCCCGAGGAUCUGGAUUACGGUGACUCUGUGGAGGCGGGGCACCUCUUCGAAGACUUUUCAAACGAAGCCAUCUUCAUGCAGCUUGAUGACAUGAGCUCCCCGCCCUCCCCGGAGAGCACGGACUCCUCCCCAGAGCGAGGCCUCCUGCCCAAGCCCACUGGGCCCCCGGCUGGCCAGCAGCACGACGCUGGCCUGGCUGUGGCCAUCAUCCGCAGGGAGGUGUCUCGGAUCCACGGUGAAGAUGUGGCGCAGCCCCUGCCCAGGAUGGAGAGCCCUCGAGAGAAGCACUUGCUCCAGCAGGACGUGGCCGAGGCAGCCACAGCUCCCUGCGCUUUGGGAGGCCAAGCCAUGGGUGGGGCGCCUGCGGGGAAGGAGGAGGGUCCCUCUCAGAACCCCCUGCUGCGGGCUAAGGCGCUGGUGAAGAGAGUCACCUGGGACCUCCAAGAGGUGGAGAGCGGUGCCCUGGCUGAGGACAGAGGCCUGCGGACGCCGCUUCACAGGCCGCAGAAGCCCCGGGAAACCGAGGACGCGGGCCCCGUGGCUGCGUUCCAGCAGGCUUCCUUCUCUGAGCCCCCUCCCCCUGGUUAUGCGCUUCCAGAGCCUGGUUUUCCUGAUGCUGACCUUUCUCAGGUACAGAGCCCGAACCUGCCCACCACCCCGGCUCUGCCUUCGAGUGUCCCACCAUACGCACCUGUUAGCCAGCCUGCGGUCCAGUUCCUCUUGCAGGGGAGCCUGCCCCUGAUGGGCUGUGGGGUGGCCCAGAGCCCAGCCCCAGUGCUCCCCGUCCUGACUGCGGCCUCAGAGCCGGCUGGUCAUGCUGCCACCGUGACCACCGCAGCUGCCAACAGCUCCGAGGAGAGGACAGCUGCUCCCAGGCCAGCCUCGGAGAAGACCAAGAACGAGGAGUACAUGAAGAAGCUGCACGUGCAGGAGCGGGCCGUGGAGGAGGUCAAGCUGGCCAUCAAGCCCUUCUACCAGAAGAGGGAGGUGACAAAGGACGAGUACAAGGACAUUCUGCGCAAGGCCGUGCAGAAGAUCUGCCACAGCAAGAGUGGGGAGAUCAACCCUGUGAAGGUGGGCAACCUGGUGAAGGCCUACGUGGACAAGUACAGGCACAUGCGCAGACACCGGCGGGCCGAGGCUGGUGAGGAGCCGCCUGCCCAGGGUGCCGAGGGCUGAGGCCCGCCCGGGGCCCUUCUGGCUGGAGCGGCCGAACCAGAAAACUCCGGGCACACCCGCCCUCCCGUUUUCAGGGUUCCUGGGAUCGCACGUGGUCUGUGCACUUGUCUUGCUCAGUUUAAAACUGGACUUUUAUAUGUAUAUUAUAGACACACACUGUUCCCAUUGUGUUCUAAUUUAUCAAAAACGGAUUAUCUUUAGAAAUGUCUUGAUUGGCUCGGUACUUGAAAGGGGAGACCUUUGGUGAAGAUAAGCGGCGGGGCGGGCGGGCGGUGCUUCUCCCACACGUAACCGUCUGGUCCCAGGGUUCCCUUGUCUGCUCGUUGUGUUUUGUAAGUGACUGCU